AUGACACAUAGAGUGGUGACACUGAAAAGGCGUCAGAAGCCUCCUCUGCUUUGGCCUAUUGCUCGAGGCAUCACUUCGGAUGUGGAUUUGGUAUCAGAUACCGUCAUAAGCGUCGAUGAGCUGCAAGAGUUUCAGCUUUGUUGCGCCUCUAAUCUAACGGUCCGCUCGUUGGUCAACGACAAGUACCGGAACGUGGGUACCGUCACAUUCCGUUUUGUGAAUGUGACGCCGCUACCAGCAGCGUUGAGAUCAGCCUUCUCUCCCCGUACCGAACCUCGGCAGGGAUCGACUCUGCGAGCGCGCACCGCCACAGGGAAGAACGUACAUGAGAUGACCAUUAUCGGUCAUCGAGGUAUUGGUAGUGACGAGAUGGGCUCGCGGAUAAGAGAGAAUACGCUGUUGGCGUUCAAGCAGGCAGCGAAGUACGGUGCUGAUGCGGUCGAAUUUGACGUCUUCCUCACGGCCGAUCGGACCCCCAUGAUUUUCCAUGAUUUGGAGAUCAAUCAUUCCAAUAGCAGCAAGAAGAUACCUAUCACGUCUCUGUGCGAGGAGGGUCUAUGCUCGCUGGAUGAGGACAAUCAAGAGAGGAUAUUCACGGGUCGGGAACGAGUGGAGUCGAGCGUCUCUGGUGGGGGAAGCGGGUCCUCCAACGGCAGCUUUUGCAGUGGGUCCUCAACCCCUACCUCCUCGUCUGGAAAGGGUGGCCUAUUGGAAGCAGGCAAACGGGUGCGCAGCCUCCAUGACCUAGCGGCAACAUUCCCCUCUAGAGGUCGUGUUGAAUCGGAAGUAUCGCCACUUGAGGCCGAGGGUGUUCGAGAUAGUGCUGCAGUGCAGGAGAAACUGCCGAGUCUGAAGGCCGUGUUAGAGGGUACACCUGACGAUCUGGGAGCAUUGAUUGAGAUCAAGUAUCCAACUGCAGCUGCUAUUCGAAAGUAUCCAUCACGGUCGUGCCACGACCGCGGUACUGUUGCUGACGUCAUCCUGCGUUAUAUAUACGACUAUGGUUGUCCUGCGACUCGGAGGUAUAUGUUCUCCUCAUUUGAUCCCGAGAUGUGUCUCGCACUACGACAGAAGCAAGCACGGUUUCCUAUCAUUCUCAAUACGUGGUUCGGGUAUGAGGAUGUUCAUGAUAACACCGAGGUCGAUUUCACGGACCUCCGCAAUAGGGAUCCCUUGGCAGCAGCUGAGUUCUGUUCACGGAACGGCAUUGAAGGGCUGUGCCUUGAGGCGUCAUGGUUGCAUGAGCACUAUCAAUUCGCUGACUACUGCCGAAGGGCUGGACUGACAUUGUAUACGUAUGGUGCUGAGAACAAUAAGACGUCUCGUGUUGAGAUGCAAAUGCGGCAUAUGGGCGUGGCUGGCUGCAUAGUCGACAACAUCGGUCGAUUCCGUGGAGGAGCUGAUGGCGAAGGCGCGGUGACAGGAGGGAUCCUUCCGGAUCCAGAACGCUUCCCUCAUGGUGUCAAAUGGUUGGCCGAUUAUAUGCACAGUCGCGGCCUCAAGUUGGGCAUCUACGCGGACAUUGGGACGAAAACCUGCGGCGGAUACCCUGGUCUUGAGGGACACUUCGAACAGGACGUGAAGACCUUCGCUGAAUGGGGCAUUGAUUCCCUAAAGGUGGAUGGAUGCUAUGCCGACACAAGUACAUUUGAAGAGACAUACCCUCAAUUAGGGAGACUCCUGAACGCUACAGGGAGGCCGAUACUCUACUCGUGCAGUUGGCCAGCAUACCUAGCCGAUCAUGCAGAGGACAAAGACGUUCUUGUAAAAGAGAUCGCUCCCGCUUGCAAUCUGUGGCGCAAUUUCGACGACAUCUACGACUCUUGGGCAUCUAUCCAGGGGAUCACCAACUUUUGGGCUCGACAAAAUUCAACUGAUAUUUUGAUACGCGCAGCGGGUCCUGGUCACUGGAAUGAUCCCGACAUGAUAGUGGUCGGCAACAACGGUCUGAGCGAGGUUGAGCAACAGUCACAGUUCGCACUAUGGGCUAUGUUCGCCGCUCCUCUGUAUCUGGCCGCCGACCUACGAACGAUGCCUUCUUGGGCUCGGGAGAUCGUGCAGAAUAAGGAGAUAAUAGCCGUCAACCAAGAUCCUCUGGGGAAGCAAGGUUACAUAGUCUGGUCAGAGAACGGUGCGCGAAUUUGGAUCAGAGAGCUCGCCGGCACCGAUAAAUCUGUGGAUACCUGGGCUGUUCUCCUAGAAAAUAGCAAUUCUAUUUUUGGCCUCCAACGUAUAGCUCUACAGCCAACUCGACACAUACCUGGAUGGGCUGAAGGCACACAGUUCAGCGUGAGGGACCUAUUUCGAGGCCGAAAUAUUGGUCUAUUCGUUGACGAGUACUCAGCUAAUGUGGACACCUCCUCUGUUCACUUCGUCAUUAUCCGGAAGGUCAGAAAGUUGAAGCACGUGUCACACUUACGUAUCCCCAAUUCUGAAGAAGUUAUCGUAAUGUAA